AAUGGAAUCAGCUAAUUGCUCCAGAGAGAACAAAUCUCUUUUAAACGCCGAAGAAUUAUCGACAUAUAGAAUUGCUGCUGAAAAAAGUCUUCUACAACGAGGUGGAGUGAAAGAUUAUUGUCCAGUAAAAGGGAACCUAGAACAAGAAAGUAAAAUAAACGAAUUUAGAAGAAAAUAUAUCGAACUAAUCAAACAAGAACGUGUUGAUAAAAAGGAUUCUUUAGGUAGAGCAGAAUGGCUUGAUGAUAAAAAACUGGCUAAACAAACAAAAGAUGUGGGAAAAUAUCUGAAAUAUUUCGGACAUAAUAAAGAUAAAGAAAUCUAUUUUUUGCCUGAAGAAAUACUCUUUUUAGUCGAUAUUGGAGCUUAUGAGCUGUACUAUAAAGAUAUGUUGCUAUCGUUAGAAGAAUGUUUUGGUAUUUUACUCUCAACUGAAAAAUUAUCUUUGCAAAAGUACCAAGUUUAUGCCUACUUAAUAAGAUUUGGAUUUAUUGUUAGACGAUACCAAUCCUCCGAUCAAGUACAAGCCAAACGGCAAUCUAAUAGUUCAAAGAGAGACGCAAAUAAUGACGAAAGUGAGACCAUUAAGAAAAAACAAAGGGUCGAUGAAAUGGAAAACAAUGAUAUGUGUUCGGAAUCCGUUGCAUCCACUUCAAUGAAUGUUAAAUAUUGUAAUUGGGAUUAUUCAAAAAUAGACUUUCCAGAUUUUAGUAAACAAUCGGUUAUUUCUUUACCUGAAGUAGACUCAAAAUAUCUACCUGGUAGAAUAAAUAUGCAAAAGAGAGAAUAUUGUUUUCCCAAUGGAUUAAAUUCUGCCAAAUAUAUAACGGAUGUUCCUGGAUGCAAAAUAAUAAAGAACACUGCAUCAAAUUGGAAAGAAUUUAAGGAAGUUAAUAAUUGCGACAUUUUAGAAAAAUUACAAGCAUCUGGUUGUGGAUGUCUAUGGAGAGGAGAGGUUCAGCCUCUGUUAAAUCCAGCCGAGACAAAUACGCAAGCAUCGAUCUUAAAAUCAAUAAAAGCUAAUGGUCCCUCUAGAAGUCUGGAUGAGAAUUUCACAGAGAAUGAGUUGAUCUUAGAUUAUGAUGUUUAUUCACCAGAUGGUAAUUUUAGGAAAAGUGCUCCCGGAAGACCUGAUUUACGUCUAAUUGUAGUGAAGCAGAACGACCAAGUACCUCAUAUAAAUAAUAUUGAACUUUUAAAUCGAAAAUUUAAGGCUAAUGUGCCUGUGUAUUUCGCAAUCGUGUCAUCUGGUGAUAUUUCUUUUGUUAGUCUAAUUACCCAAAGUUUACCAGAUUUAUGUUAA